CCUUAAAAACCCUCGUUCAACUCUGUCUCUACAGACCAAAACCUCGACGGAGAAGAAAUGGCGAUGUCGAAGCUUCUACGCAUCUCCCACCACCUCAAAUCCCUGAAAUCCUACUUCCCUUUCACGCCGUUUGCCUCCGUCUCCCGCGUCCGCUUCCUCUCCUACGCUACUCCGGAGGAGGCCGCCGCAGAUCGCCGCCGCCGCAAGCGCCGCCUUCGCAUCGAGCCCGCCUCCUCCCUUGUCCACCAGAAGCAGUCUCCUCCCGCCGCCUCCUCGCCCAACCCUAGCGCCCCGAAGCCGCCGGAGUCCAUCUUAGCCCUCUCCGGCAGUCGCCUCGUCCUCCACAACCGCAUCCUCGCCCUAAUCCGCGACAACGACCUUGAUGAGGCCGCUUCCCUCGUCCGACACUCCGUCUACUCCAAUUGCCAGCCCACCAUCUUCACCGCCAACGCCGUCCUCCGCGCCCUCCUCCUCCGAUCCCGCCACGCCGAUCUCCUCGCCCUCCAUCGCUUCAUUACCCAGGCCAACAUCGCUCCCACCAUCAUCACCUUGAACCUCCUGAUCCAGUCCUAUUGCGACUGCGGCAGGACCGGCAUCGCCCUCGAGAACUUCCGUCUCCUCCUCAAGGACGACGCCCUCUUUCCUCCCGCCCCCUCCACAUGGCGAAUCCUCGCCAAGGGUCUGGUCGACAACGGCAACCUCCAGCAAGCAGUCGAACUCAAGGACGAAAUGCUCGCCAAGGCUUUUAUGCCCCCUGACCCCGUCGUCUACAACCACAUCAUGCAGGGCUUCAUCAAAAAUGGCGUGCCUGAAACAGCCAUCACCCUCUACGAGGAACUGCAGGAGAAACUUGGCGGCGAGAAGAUUCUCAAUGGCAUCGUGUACGGGAGCCUCAUGAAAGGCUACUUCGGGAAGAAGAUGGAGGAGCAAGCAAUGGAGAUCUACCGCGACGUCCUUGGUGAUGACUCGAAGGUUAAGUUUGAUGCAGUGAGCUACAAUUUGGUGCUGGACGCUUUGGGAAGGAACGGGAAGCUCGAGGAGGCCAUCAACCUAUUCGGCAGAAUGCUGAAGCAGCACAGUCCGCCGAGGAGGUUCACAGUCGAUUUGGGGAGCUUCAACGUGAUGAUAGAUGGUCACUGCCUCGCAGGGAGGUUUCAAGACGCCGUCAUGGUCUUCUGGCGGAUGGGCGAGCAGCAAUGCACCCCGGAUACGCAGUCAUACAACAAUUUGAUCGGACAUCUUGGCAGUAACAAGUUGGUCGCCGAGGCAGAGGAGUUGUACAAAGAGAUGAGCGAUCGCAGGAUCAAUCCGGAUGAAUGCACAUAUGGAUUACUGGUCGAAGCGUGCUUCGGAGUGAAUCGGGCAGAUGAUGCCACUGCAUAUUUCCACAAGAUGGAGGAGUUGGGGCUGAGGCCAAAUGCAAAUUCAUACAAUAAAGUCAUUGGAGGACUAGUGAAGAUCCAACGCCUAGACGACGCAGACAAGUUCUUCGACCGGAUGUUGGAGAGGGAAGUAAAACCGAAUGCUACUAGUUAUGAAUUGUUACUGAAGGGUUUCCUCGAUGCUAGGCGGCUGGAUGAUGGUCUUAAGAUGCUUAAAGGUUUGUUCCUUGAUGAUGGAGUCGCAUUUAGUGAACAAAUGAAGGAGUUUGUGGAUGAGGUGUUUAGGGAAGAAGGUAGAGAGGAGUUGGAAAAAUUGUAUGAGGAUCUCAAGAGGGAGAAGGCAGAACAGUUGGCCCGGGAAGCGGAAGAGAGAGCUAGAGCCGAGGCUCUUGCUAAAGAGGAACGAGCCAAGAAGAAGAGGGAAGAUGCUGAGAACCGAGCAGCUGCUGCGAGAGCUUGUGUCGAAGCCAUGGAAGUGAUGCUACGAUACAAGAAGGAUGCGACCGAUGAGGAGUCGCCUGCCAAUGGUUCCUCUGCUCCUUUAGGUGGAUUGUUUGGUGAAGAAAAGACAGUGAAUCAUCUGUUAUGAACAUGAAGCUGCUUGUGGAAUAGCUGAAGGGGAAGCAAUGAGGGUGAAUUUAGUUGUCUUCAUUGUUUGAACAAUAAUAUUAUGUCUGUAUUACUUGUUUUAAACAAGGUGUUAACAAAGUAGAAUGCUAAAAUGAGGAACAGAUAGUAGAGUGACUGAUUCCUUUGCAAAUAGUAGAAGAUCA